GGAGGCGGGCCAGGCGCCGGAUCCUCUCUCGGGUCCUCGUUUCCAAGAUGACCAAGAAAAGAAGGAAUAACGGUCGUGCCAAAAAAGGCCGAGGCCAUGUGCAGCCUAUUCGUUGCACCAACUGCGCCCGGUGCGUGCCCAAGGACAAGGCCAUUAAGAAGUUUGUCAUUCGAAACAUAGUAGAGGCCGCGGCCGUUAGGGACAUCUCCGAAGCGAGUGUCUUCGACGCCUAUGUGCUUCCCAAGCUGUACGUGAAGCUGCAUUACUGUGUGAGCUGUGCCAUUCACAGCAAGGUAGUCAGGAAUCGUUCUCGUGAAGCCCGGAAGGACCGAACACCCCCACCCCGAUUUAGACCUGCGGGCGCUGCCCCACGACCUCCACCAAAGCCCAUGUAAGGAGCUAAGUCUUUAAAGAGUGAAGAAAAGUUCUCUGGGAAAAA